UGUGGUAGGGAGCAUGAUCCAGUAUGUGUUACUGAAAAUAAGGAAUAUGGUGAUUAAACUAAAAGGGCAGAAAUAUAAGCAAGUAUUGUAUCGAUUCCCCAUGGAAAUACUGUUCAAAUGGCGUGGAGGGUCGAUUAGACUCAAUUCUGGGGUUUCAGUUUUGUGGAUAGGUUUCUCAUAUCCUGGCCUGAUUUACAAUGUUUUUGAAUGGUAGUCACCUGGCAAAUCUUUAUUUAUUUAUCCUAGUCAUAGAAGAAGGAAGACGAUGUGGAUUCUAUAAUGUAAAGAACUGACCAGCCAGCUUCAUGCCCAAAGCUAUCAAACCUGGUUCUUAGAAUCCACGUUUACAAGUCUGGCUCUUUGUUUAGAAAAAGAAAAAAAACACACAAAUAAAUGGGAGACACUUCUCCAUCCCCAGUGAAGACUGAUGGGCGUCAGUCUAUUACUUAGGAUCUUGUUGAGAAAUUUGUCAACAAUUGAAUGAGUUUAUCUGACCAGCUGUGAAUUUAGCACCUAGGGUUUGAUUCUUCAAGUGAGGGGAAUAGCUUGGAGAUUGUGAGUUUCCCUUUGCUCUGCCACCACACAAAAUCAACAAUCGCAACCAAGUCUGAGUAUGAGGGAGAGUCCUCUGCUCAAUAAAGUUAACAUCUUCCUAUUUCUUCCUUUCCCUUCCCACAAACACACAUCUGGUCUAUUUUAUCCCAGCACAAAGCAGAUGCACUGCAAAUGUUAGCUGAGUCUGAUGCUUCUAAUAACCGUGGUGGGAAGUCCAGGCAGAGAAUGUGUUGUUUUCACUAAUACUUGCUCUUCCAAUCUCAGACGUUAAAGUGUCAGCUAAUGACCCCCUGGGUCCCGGCCUUUCCCUGGGGCCUUCUUAAAUACACAAAACCCAAGUGAAGUCAGGACACCAUUAGCACUACAUAAUUCAAGCAAACAAAUGUGUUUACACUGCCUGGCUACUGACCACCUGCCUUCCCAUCCCAUGAGGCAAGUAUCUAUAUAUGGGAUCUCAUCUCCUAGUUCACAGUCCCAGGGGAGGGAGCCUUUCCUUUGGGCCUUGCCAUCUGUGAAUCUGAAAGAAGCUGGGCCCCGACACUAUGCAUCUCCUCUUUCUUCAGCUGCUGGUGCUCCUGCCACUGGGGAAGGCUGCGUGGCCCCAGGAUGGCGGCCAGAGUCAGGGUUCUGUUCCCCCUGUGCUCCUGCUAGAGAGAAAUCCCAGAGAGCUUCCCCUGGGCAACCACGGGGAGGCCGAGGAGAAGCCAGAUCUGUUCGUAGCCCUGCCACACCUGGUAGGUGCCAGCAUUUCGGGGGAAGGUCAGUGGCAGAGAGAGAAGAUGCUAUCCAGGUUUGGCAGGUUCUGGAAGAAGCCUGAGAGAGAACUCCACCCAACGCAAGACCCCAUCAGUGAGCAUAGUCCACCUGGGACCCAGGCCCUUCCUCAGCCCAAGGAUCGGAUGCAGAUAAAGAAGUCUCCUCUUCAGGAAGAAGCCAAGAAAUUCUGGCACCGCUUCAUGUUCAGAAUGAGUCCGGCUUCUCAGGGGGUCAUCUUGCCCAUCAAGAGCCAUGAGGUACACCAGGAGACCUGUAGGACCCUGCCUUUCAGUCAGACCAUCACCCAUGAAGACUGUGAGCAGGUGGUUGUGCAGAACAACCUUUGCUUCGGGAAGUGCGGGUCUACUCGUUUUCCUGAAGCUGCACAGCACCCCCAUGCCUCCUGCUACCACUGCGCGCCCACCAGGUUCACCAGGAUGCACUUGCCGCUGAACUGCUCAGGCCUCGCCCCCGUGGUCAAGGUGGUGAUGCUGGUGGAGGAGUGCCAAUGCAAGGUGAAGGAGGAGCACCAUGAGCACGGAUACCUCCUCCAGGCAGCCUCCCAGGCAGACCUCCAUGCCCCAGAGCCCUUCAUCCCAGAGUUUUCAACUUAAAAAAGCUAUCCCACUAUUACCUGGAAAAGCAAAACCACCAUAGCAAAGUUGCUGAUUAUUCAGACUGGAUAAUAUUCAGCAGGUACAUAAUCUUUUAACGGAAAGAUGGUUUAAGAACAGUUUGGAGGAAAUGGUAUUCUUCUAGUUAUCAGUGCACAAACGGCAUCUAGUUUUGACUCGGCUGUUUACUAGCCAUUGAAUGUUAAGUUGUGGAAGCUUUCUCCACCCGGAGCUGUUCAUCUAUAAACAAGGAGCUUGAACUAGAUGAUUCUAAAGUCCUUUUCACUAUUAAUGUUUCAAUAAUGAUCUAAGUUUUGGUAAAAUCCCUCCCUCUGAAAAAGGAAAAGAAAGAAACUAGACCAUAAAACUAGGCUUCUUGAAUAGCUUGUGAAAGCACUAGCAAGCAUAUAUAGACCUAACAUUUGCAGAAGGAUUCCUCAUAUAUCUAGCUGCCUUUGCAUUUCAGGCAGUAGUUUAUUUGACUUCUAUUGGAUGAUUCAGGAGUUCCACAGAUUUAAGGAGUAACUUGUUUGGUUGCCUCCUAAUUUUUGCUACUCCCCAUAUAAAGUUCUCUGGUUUUGAAGAGAUGUUACUUUUAGUGCUUUCCACAGAGAUGAGGAACAGGCAUGGGUAGCCAAAUAAGUACCUAUUUUAUGGGGAAGGAAAAAAAUAGGCAAAUCCAGAAUUAAAGGUCAAUCCAGAGAUGCCAAUGAAUGUAACCAAGAAAUUCCAGUAGAAGUAGAAUUAAAUAAACGGCAAAUGAUUUAGAAUGGAAAUAAUCUAUAGAUGAAAUCCUUUAUCAACAUGCAUUUUGAAUUAGAUAGUAAGGGUCCAGUGUUUGGAUGACUGUUUUUUACUACUGUAUAAAACUUUGUAUUAAAAAUCUUAUUCUCCAAAUGCCACAAUUGCAAGUUCUGAAAAUGUUCAGAAUAUUUUAGUGUAUUAAAUUAUAGUGGAUCAAGCAUUCUGGGAGAUGUCAUGACAUUCGAUUGCCUUAUAUCAUGUCCUUAUUUGUUUUGUCUGUUCCUAAUUUGAAGGCACUAUCUGGAGAUUAUCUAGCUAGAAACAAUUUGGAAAUGGCUUUCCAAACUAGUGACAAUGGCUUUUUCGGACACUUCAAACAGCUUUCUGUGAAGGUCCUUCAACCACUGUCUUCUGUGGUUAUAUUUGUUCUCCUGCAUUUGUUUCUUUACAUGUACGCAGUAUGCAGAACUGGCUUUCUCUAGCCAUAGUUCCUUUUCUAUAAUCAUUCUUUAGAAACUCACCUUAGACAUUAUUUUAAUUAUUUGGGUGCCUUUGUUUUCCGUAAGCACAUAAAAAAAGUGU